CGCCGCUUUAGGCACCGCCUUCUCUCGAUGCGCCUGUUCUGGGCGCGCAAUGGAAACCGGCUGCUGGUUGCUUGGCGGCGAGUUUGAGGACUCCGUGUUCGAGGAGAGGCAGGAGAGGCGGCCUGAACCGCUUGCGUCCUACCGCGCCAAGCUCUGCGAGCCGCAGUGGUUUUGUGAAGAAACGGGGAGCAGUGAUGAUGUUGAAGCUCUGACUAUCCAGAAAUUCAAAGGGGACCUGGCCUACAGACGGCAGGAGUAUCAGAAAGCACUGCAAGAGUAUUCCGGUAUCUCAGAAAAACUGCCGUCCACGAAUUUUGCCAUGAAAAGGGAUGUCCAGGAAGGCCAGGCUCGGUGUCUCGUUCACCUGGGAAGGCACAAGGAAGCCCUGGAGAUUGCUACACACUUGGAAAAUAAGGCAACUAACACAGACCAUUUAACCACUGUGCUCUACCUCCAGUUUGCGAUUUGUUCAAGUUUGCAGAACUUGGAGAAAACAAUUUUCUGCCUACAGAAACUGAUUUCUUUGCAUCCCUUUAAUCCUUGGAACUGGGGCAGAUUGGGAGAGGCUUACCUGAAUCUGGAGCCAGUGCUUGCGUCAUCUCACAAACAGAACAGUUUCACCUCGAGUGACAAGGCUAUCAAAUCCUCUUGUCCCCACUCAGGAAAAGACUGUCUUUUGUGUCUCCCUGAAAUGUUGCCCGAGAGCUCUGCCUUAUCUGUGGAAACGAGCAGUGGUAAUAACCAGAAGAAUGAGAUAGCAUUUAAAUAUAUUCAAACCUGUAUGGCGGAAGAGAGAGCAGCAGUGUUGCUAGAAACUCAGAUGAAAGCCUGUGCCUCUUUUAUACGAACCAGGCUUUUGCUUCAGCUCGCCCAAUCUCAGCAAACAUCAUUUGCUUUGGAGAGGAACUUAAAGACUCAGCAGGAAAUUGAAGCUAAAAUGAAAGGGUUCAGCUUCAAAGAAGACACUUUGCUGUUGAUAGCAGAGGUUAUGGGCGAAGAUAUCGUCCCAGAAAAAAUAAGAGAUGAGGUUCACACAGAGGUGAAGUGUGUUGGCCCUGCAGCCCUGACUGCCUUGGUGAUCGCGUCUUCGAAAGAAUUUGAAGACAAGUGGUUCAGAAAGAUCAAAGACCACUUCUGUCCCUUUGAAAAUCAGUUCCAUACAGAGAUACAGAUGUUGGUUUAGUGGUCCCUUUAAAAACAGAACAAAACAUCUUGUAUUAAUUGUGCUGGUUUACUUCAGACAGAGUCCACUGCUAAUCAUGGAAUAUACUGAAUUAAAAACAAUUAUUUAUGUCUUAUAAAAAUGGCUUC